GGGCACAUGGUCCUCCGGCUGUAACGCAGGAAAAUGGUAGCCAGAGAGAGGAACCAGAAAUAAGUGUCUUGUGUUGCAAUACAUGCAAAAGGCCAUAUGAACAGUCUGCAAAUGAAGAACGCAUUGCAAAGCGUGUAAAGCAUGAUGAAGUAUACUCAGCGCCAACAGUUAGUGAAGAUAAAUUUUCAUAUAUGGGUGACUUUGCGGUUGUUUAUACAGAUGGUUGUUGCUCAGGUAAUGGACGUAAUAGGGCACGUGCUGGAAUAGGUGUCUACUGGGGACCAGGCCACCCUUUAAAUACCAGUGAAAGACUUCCUGGACGGCAGACUAAUCAAAGAGCAGAAAUACAUGCAGCCUGCAAAGCAAUAGAGCAAGCAAAGAGUCAAAACAUCAAGAAACUCAUUAUCUACACUGAUAGCAAGUUCACUAUUAAUGGUAUUACGAGUUGGGUUGACAACUGGAAAACAAAUGGCUGGAGAACAAGUUCAGGAGGAAGUGUAAUAAAUAAAGAAGAUUUUGAAAGACUUGAUAAUCUAUCAAAAGACAUAGAAAUUCAGUGGAUGCAUAUUCCUGGUCACGCUGGCUUCCAAGGAAAUGAAGAAGCUGAUAGACUAGCACGAGAAGGAGCUAGUAAACAAAAGUCAUGACGUGCUGGGACUAGAGACUGUUGCAGUGGGAGGAAAAGGACUGAUACCACAGUGACAGCUUGAACUGCUGUCAUUGUUUCAGAGUUGAACUUUGAACCGUGCUUCUUUCUGGCCCGAAGUGUUAAACAUAUACUGGCUUCUAGGGAGAAAAACCCCA